CAUUUAUCUGAGAUUCAAUUUUAGUCCUGUAUUGCCUUCAGGGGUUUCUUCGUCAGAAUAACUACUGGCUCAUUCGUCACAUCUUACUUUUGAAGUAUAUUUACCUUUGGGCGAAAAAGGCAAGAAUCUCCGCGUAUACCAUAUGUCUACCUUGGUCCGAAAUAGUCACUGAAUAGCCGCUUUCAUCUGCCACCAAAAACUUUCAGUGAUACGCCCAGGCAUUCUAAAUUAAUCUCCGGGAUCACAACAGAUAUUUAUUGCAACGAAUAUUCAUUUCGAGCGAGCAAAGAUGUGUGAUGAAAUCGUUGAGUAUACGACAACCACCUCAACUACAGUGUCUGGACUAGAAAGCGUUCAAGAAGCUGUACUAACGUCCACCAUGUCGGUUAAGUACCAACUUCCUCUCGCAUCUCUUCAGCCUGUCACGAGCACGGUGUUCCGGCGAGAUUCUGGAUCCCAAAGCCUGCCUUACCAAUCCGAAGCUCUAGCUCGCAGUCACAGCUCAAAUCUGUCACAUUCUACGGAGAAUGUUUAUGAUACAAACAACCGAGCAACUGCUUUCAACUCAACAAGUCGGAUUAAAUUUAAUCCAGAUGAUCCUAAUCAAGGUUUUCCAAAGCCUCCCGAUUUUGUAACAGUUGUAUCUGUCGGGGGGACGAAUCAAAAUGAGGUUUCACAUAAUAUCUUGCUUGCGGGAUCAAGUCAUGCCAACGAAGAUUGUAUCGACGGGAGACGGCUAGUUUCGCAAUCAUUUCAUCCAUCCAUGAAACUUUCAAAGGAAGAUGAUUUUCACCAUCAAGGCACCAACAGAAAACUCAAUUUCGCUCCUACUCACAGUGGCGAAAAUAAUUCUGGGGAGAGAUAUGAAAAAUCACACACGGAUGAAUGCUAUUCUCCCAACCAUUCAUCGUCAUCUAACCGACGCGAAGACUCUAAUUGUGAAAAAAUAAUUUCGUUCUCGGAGUCCGAACAACCGUCUUUUGCUCGUAUUGUUCCUCGCAAUAUAUGCGAAAAAGUUGUAGUGCUUCGUUUACCUGGAGAGAAGCUUGGUCUUGGCCUCAAGUUCGACGGAGGAUGGGGCUGCCGUGAUCUGGUGCGACGUUUAUUCAUCGAAAGCAUCGCACUGGACUCGCCAGGUUACCGUGCCUCUCUUCCUUGGGGGCAACUGUGCCCAGGGGACCAGAUUUUGAACAUAGAAGGCGUUCCCGUCUCUAGUAUGACGAGACUGCAGUGUGUGACUGCUCUUAGAGACUCCCAUGUCAGGGUCACAAUUGGCGUUCUCAGGGGAGACGGAGUAGUGCCGCUCCUGGAAGAUGGUCCUUCCAGUGUUAAUUGUGGUCAGGGAGAUCGAAUUGGUUUACCUCCUCCACCCUUGCCUCCUCGUCACUUUUCUUCUAGAGACCCUGGACGUCCUCCAAAGGACGUUAGCUCGUUCAAUCAUUCGGCAAAGACUGAACCAAUUCAGUAUUUCGUACCUGAUAACCCUGCACCUCCCUUGCCACCAGCCGCUUGUGUGUACAUGGACUUGUUGGUUGAAGAAGAGGAACGACGAAAGCGCUGUGGCAGCGAAAGCGACGAAACUGGGAGUUCGGUCUCGACAGUUAUCGACAGAUUGUCUUUGACUUCGUCGACUAAUGUCUCGAGGAAUUCAUCAUUCAAUGCCUCGGCUGACAAUCGUUAUAAUCAAAUAGAUCUUACCUCUGCUCUUAGUCAGUUCGAAAUGUUGGAACAAGAAUUCGAAUGUGAUACGAUGCCACGAUCGUCCGGUCAUAAUUCAGCUGUAAAUGAGACUUAUCCUAACGCCACAUCAUCCAAACAGCGCCGGCAUCUUGUCCGAAGUUUUAGCCUAUCUCCUGGAACUUAUAAAGACCACUUCAAUAAAAUCCAGAGAAAAAAAGACGAGUUGAGUCGUACGUCAAAACCUGCCAUCAAAUCGCUUUCAUUUUCUUUAAAAAGGAGGCCUUUCAGUUGGACCCCAUUAAUUAAUUCUAAUUCCGCGCAUAAAUUAAAUUCUAAUGGCAGUGCAGACUUUUGUUGCGAAAGUUCAGCUUUAAAAAAUAAUUGCGAUGAAGAGACGAAAAACGAAAAUCCAUCUGGAACAGGAAAUCCAACCUACAAUGAGCUUGACUGUAUGUCCGAGGAAUCAACAUCAGUUGAGUCUACCAUAAAAAUAUCCUCCGGUGAAAGAAGUUGUAGUCCUCCACCUGCUGCAGAAAUUGUCGACGACGAAGAAACUUUCCGCCGAAACGUACCUUGCGACUCUUCUCCAAAAAAUGACUUGAAUGACCGGACUUCAGAGUUAGGAUUUCGACGGAAACUUGUUUUCACGUCAAGUCACAAAAAUAAUCACACUCCGGAUUCUUUUGAAAGUGCAAGUCCAACUCAAGUGUUUAUUUCCAACGAUGAUUCUUUGGAAAAUGAACCAAUCAGUACAAAACUAGAAUGUAACAGAGUGGAAGGGCCAGAAAUACCCAAUCAUCAAAUCAACGUUCUUUCGUUUUCAUCUUCUGAGUUCUCAUUAUCUCCUCACAUUGCCGAACAAGUCCAAAUCGAAACUCCUGCUUCUAUCUGCUAUGAUUUUGAGCAAGCGUCGCUGUCAUCUUCCGACGCUGCUGGAGCCGUGACUGUCCAGAAUAUGAUUGCCGAUUCGCCGCUUGAUAAUGGGAGUCAAGUAUUCUCGCCCAUCACUGUCAACAAUUUACAUCUUCACUCUUCUAGUGCUAACAAUAAAGUUUGCCAGCUAACCACUGAGAGUCAUUGUGAUUCGUCAGAAAAAUCGAUUGUUGAAGCGCAAAGGUUUGAGAUGGAACAUAAUUCAAGUGGAUAUCACACUGAAAAUUCCGAAUUAGUGGAAACGACCAGUACGGAAGUCUGUACUGAUUUCGUUCCUGAUCUUUCUACGACAACAUCAUUACUAAUCUCUUCACCGAGAGUGAAUAACGAGUCGCAUCUUUCGCGUAAAGGGUGUAGAAUCAGUGAUAGGUUUCGUGAAAUCGCUGACGACUUCUAUAGAUCAAUCGACGAACUCAAUAAAACGAACGAGGAAGAAAAAAUUGAACUAAAGUCAAGAAGAGAUCUUGAGUUCAAAGCACGGAAGCCGCCACAUCUGAAUGUUCAUGAGAGCCAGACUAGCAUGACGACUCUCAAAUCAGAUGCAAGGGAAGAUGAACAUAAAAUGUGUCAGAAUACAAGAGAAGAUGCUUCUGCUGCCCAUGACACCCAAGAGAAAAACACAAAUUCAUCGAGUUCAUCUUCGUUGGCAAAGCCAACAUUUUCUAUUGAUCCUAGUAAAACAAAAUCCGCCGAUGCAGACCACUUGAAACUGCCUUCAAAUGUCUUGAAGUAUGAGGCAACUAUUCAAUCUGUGGCUCCAAAAUCAAAAUCUCCAAGAAAGUCAGAAAAUUCUGGCAGUGGAGAUGGAGUUUCCGUAGAUUUGCAUACAACAGAUACUGCGUCCAAUAUAUCGAAUUCAGAUCCAUCAAGUAACCACACUGAGUCUCACGCCUCGUCUUCAACUCUCAAUGCACCAGUUUUAACGAUUGAUGGAAAAUUGGUUGCAGCUGCUGAAAAUGGCUAUGUUGCCGUCGAAUGCCUCUCAUCUCAGGUCUUGAGCACUGAUAAAAUAGUCAAAUUAGAUGAACAAUGCAGCACUUCGGUUGAAUGCUCUACCUCGCAGACCGAGACGAUUUCUCCUAAUCAAUCCUUGAAUUCCCUUGAACGAAGUCCUCCUACUUUACGGUUAUCACAAGUAACUCGAUCCACAAGGAUCAGGGAGGACCUCUGUGACCUCAUCAGAAGAGAUUUGGAGCGCCUGAGGAAGGACUUGGACUUGCCUGAGGGCUUUGAGUUGCAGGUCGAGGAGGACGAGGAAGUCGAGAGGAUCAUGGAAUGCGACUCAACGGAAGAAGCUGACAGAAUCGUGGCUGCUUUCAGGAGCAACAAUGACCGAUUCAGACUUCAGCCUCAAAGCCUUCCAGCCGACGCCUCUGAACGCCUUUCCUCCCCUGAAGAAUCCAUGGCAAGUCUUCCUGCCCUACCCACAGAAAACAAAUGUCUUGCUUCAUCCAAAUGUCAGAAGCUUGGUCCCAAUGGGCUCACCAGAAGAAAUUCCUCCUUGACAAACAAAGACUUUCUACAGUUGAAUUCAAUUUCUUCCUUCUCAAGUUCGAAGCUCCCAAACGCCAGUUCCAGUUCUUACCAUUCGAAUACGAGUUCGAUCUUCUCAAGCUCCCACUCAAGUCCGGCUUCUGUCGAUAUCGUACAACGCUUGCCUCGAGAAUCGCUUCCAAUGAUGCACUCGCCUCGGGACCAGUAUAAUUCUGAAGAAGAAUGGUCGUACGAGUACUACCAAGAACGCCCUUGUGGGACCAUUGAAGAAGAAUCAGCAUCAGAGGACGGGAAAAGUGACGCACCGAAUGUCCUACUGAACGCUAUGCGUUCUUUGUGCCGUAGUAGGACGAUUCCUAAAGAUAUCAUCGUCUCGCCGCCCACACCUGAACCAGAAUCUACAUCGACUGAAAAUUUGCUCGCCAUUGAUUUGGUAGCCAACAUUGAAGAACAAAAUAAAACAUCAAAUUUCGAUCUGUCUACUCAGGUUGGGCGACACACUUCCGAGUCUGAUAAAGGAGCUAAAAUUGAUAUUCGCCCAGCUUUUGUUUCUUCUAGUGAGGCAUUCUAUGCAAAAGCUCCUUCGAAAGAAAUUACUCAACUUCCUUGUACUACUGUUGAUUUUGAUUCUUCUGCUCCAUCUUCUGGAGAUUGCUCAAGUACUGAUACUUUAUUGGUCAAAAAUAACAUUGAAAUUGGUGAUAAUUGUGAUCUUAUGAACAAACAGUCAAUUUAUGUCGAAACAAAUUCAUCUGCUGGUGCCAAAGAACAAGUUCUCUCCAAAACUGACGUGUCGGGUGAACUCAAAAUUAAUGAACGUAAAACUAUGUUACCAUCAGCAUUAAUUAAUGCAAGUAAUGAAACCACAGCAGCUAAUUUGCUCGUGAACGACGAUGAAGUUUACCUUGGCAGCGUUGCUAGCAAACGAAGCCUAAUAGACACACGAUCUCAGUGUACGGUGGGGCCGGGUUCAAACAGACGACGACCGCCGUGUCGCAUCGGCAGUCGACGGACCAGUCUACAGUCUAGUCAUUCUAGUGUUCUGGUGGCCGUGGUCGAGUAA